UUUAGAAUGGCUGCUCCCCUUAACCCUGAGGUUCUGGAAGAGCAAGAGGAUCUUUUUUUAGUGAAAGAGGAAGCACAUUAUUGGGGGCAAGAAUCAAGCUUGCAACAUAAUCACAGCACAAGCGAGGUUUUCCGGCAGCACUUCAGGCAGCUCUGCUAUCAGGAAACUCCUGGGCCUCGUGAAGCUCUAACUCGACUUCGUGAACUUUGCCAUCAGUGGCUGAGACCAGAGAUGCAUACUAAAGAACAGAUUUUGGAGCUCUUGGUAUUGGAACAGUUCUUAACUAUUCUACCCAAGGAUCUGCAGACCUGGGUGCAGGAUCAUCAUCCAGAGAAUGGAGAGGAAGCAGUAACUGUCCUGGAGGAUUUGGAAAGAGAAAUUGAUGAACCAGAAUACCAAGUGGGAAAGGGGAAGGUCCCAACCCAUGUACAUGGACAGGAAAUCCUCUUGGAAGAAAUGGCACCAAUGGGAACAUCAAGAACAUCAACUGAGUCACUAAGUAUCCAUCUCAAUCCCAGGAAAACCCAACUGAAAUGGAAAUCUUGGGAGCUCUAUCCAUUACAAGAAAAUGAUGAUGAAACCAGAACUGAAGAUGUGGGGUCAAUUCAGAAGGAAGAAAUUUCUGAAGACAUGGAAUCACUUGGGGAUAUAUAUGGCAGACUCAGUGGGCACAUUUCCUGGGAUCCUGUAUUCAGAGAAGCCUUUGAACCCGAGGACAGAUUAGAAUGGCAACAGGAAAACCUUGCAGGGAAAAGAAGACACAAAUGUGAUGAAUGUGGGAAAGGUUUCAGUCAUAGCUCAGACCUUAGUAAACAUAAGAGAACUCAUACAGGGGAGAAGCCCUAUAAAUGUGAUGAGUGUGGAAAAGCCUUUAUUCAGCGUUCACAUCUCAUUGGACAUCAGAGAGUUCACACUGGAGUGAAACCCUAUAAAUGUAAAGAAUGUGGGAAAGAUUUCAGUGGUCGAACAGGCCUUGUUCAACAUCAGAGAAUCCACACUGGAGAGAAACCCUAUGAAUGUGAUGAGUGUGGGAGACCCUUCCGUGUGAGCUCAGCUCUUAUUCGACAUCAGAGAAUCCAUACAAACAAGUUCUAUUGAUGAACAUCAUAAAAACCUUCAUUAGUAGCUCAAGAUAGACAUAUAAGGUCAAAACAAGACAGAGAUUUUAUGACUGUCCUAUGUGAGAUAAGAUCAGUAACCAUUGAAACCUUAUCUGGAAUAAGAGAAUCCAACUGAGUAUUUUUAUUUGUUUUAAUUUGUCAGACCAAUUGGCAGGGGAAGGAAAGGAUGAGAAAUGAGGACUAGGGAAAAUGAUGUUUUUAAAAGGCCAACAUUGUCCUUAAAUCUAUUUUAGAGAAAGCUGUUUACCUCAUGAUAUUUUCUGGAAUGAAUAGCUAUGGACAGUGAUAUUCCUUCAUCAUUCAGCCUUCUCUCCCAAAUUCCUUCCAUUCUUGGCUCCGGUGAUAAGUCAAUGUGUGACUUUAGCUAAGUCAUCUUCUGUGCCUCGUUUCUCCUUCUUUAAAAUAUGGAAGUUAAUCCCAGCACUAUUCACAGGAAUGUUGUGAGAAUAAUCUCAUAAUCAAUGAAAAGUGCUUUGAAAUUAUUUUAAUUCCUAUAAUACUAGUAGUUAUCACUGGUAUUAUCAUAUUUAAUUGCAUAAUGCUUAAAACUUUAUUCUAAUUAUAUUUUAUACACAAAUGGGCUUGACCUUUUCGUGGAAAAGUUUUCUUUGGAUACUGAGGAAAGAAGUCAAAAUUGAAAAAGACAGCUGGCAAAAGUGGUGGCCACCUGUGUUGUGUGGUAGAGUAAGGCAGCAGUGAACAUCAGAAGUUUAAUCUGAGAAUGUGACAGGAAUAAAAGAAAUAUGACCAGUAGGCAAAAGCAGUGGCAGGAAUCCAAGAGAGCCGUGAGAGGUCAAAGGUGAAACUAAAAUAAUUUGGUCUGGGUAAUAGUAUCAUUUUGAUGUUUCUUUUGUCAUCCUGAAAAUUCAAUUCAGCAAAAAUUAAUUAAACACGUAAUAUAUGAAAGGCACUGUGCUAGACAGGAUAAAAAGACAAAAGCAAACUUCUCUGUCUUCAAGGACAUUUUACUGGAUGGGGGGGAGGCAGUAUAUCAAUAUCAGAUGAACUGAGUAUUAUGCAAUUAUAGUAUUGUUUCCUAUGAAAUUAUAGUCAUAUGACUAGUAAUUUUAUCCAAGACAAUGUUUACAAUGUCAUCUGGCCAUUGUGAAAUGUUUGUAUUAAGGUAGUUACUAUUUACAUUAAUGAGGAGGGGAAGGGUAUAAUGGCACAGAUAACUGAAAGCAACUGAUGCAAAAUCUUUUUCUAUUCAGUUUUUAUCUGCUUUUUCUUUGCAGCAACUUUAGUAUCCCUGUUAGAGUUGGCUAUAGCCUAGAGCAAGUUAACAAAGGUAAUCAAAGUAGGGAGUAUUUAAACUCCUGAACAUCUCGAACUACUUUGGUCAUUUCAACCAUUUAAAAGCAUUGUGCUAAGUACUUGGGAGAUAAUAAAGUUUAGAUAAGGUGUGGUCUUUGCCUUUGUGGAGCUUUCCAUCUGGACUGUGUGAGUCCUGCUGGUUACAAGCAGAUGGUAAUAAGGACCUGUGGAAUGGUAGUGGGAAUAGAGAAGAGUCAGAUGCACACAUGCACACACGCAUACUUGGCAAUAGAAACUACAGGAAUUGGAAACUCAUUGGCUAUGAGUUGAAGAGGGAAGAGAAGAAGAGAAGAAAACCUUGUUAGCAACCAUGAGAAAGAUAUCAAUGGAAAUAAUGAAGUGAUAAGGAAGAGCACGUUUAGGAGGGAAAAUAAGUUCAGAUUUAGAAAUGUUGAGUAUGAAUUGUUAUUGGUAUGUCCAGGUAGAGAAGUUCUGUAGGCAGCUGGAAAUAUAGAGGUCUGGAGCUUGGAAAGAGAGGUCAUGAUUGGAGAUGUAUAUUUUGGAGUCAUCUGUAUAAAAGUAGUUUACAGUCAUAGGAGUGAAUGAGAUUGCCAGGGGCAAAAGAGAAGAGGGCCCCUGAGUCCCUUGUUCACUGUGACUGAGACAGGAGGGAACCUUAUCCUUGUACAUUAACCUCUUUGUCAAUGACAAGUCAGUUGAUCAAA